AUGAGUCUAAAAACUAAGAAAGAAAGGAAGAAACAAUUGCAAACAGAGCAAUCUCAAUCAGCGUUACCAUUGAUACUGGUACAGAACGUGAAUAAGAUGAGUAUACCAAAUUCCCAGGCUUUGGACACGCCAGUGACUGAGGCGCCGUAUAUGAGCCUCUUCCGCUCUAGCUCGAGUUAUUCCACCUCAACAUCUACUAAAAAUAAAGUUACGAAAUCAUUCUCGUCCAACCCAACCAAAGUGUCUGUAAAACAUAGCGUUAAGGCCGUCAAAUCGACCCCGGGUUGUUUCGACACAACAUACUUGAGUCGGUCUACAAACAACAAACCACUAUCAAACAGCAAGGACCCGUCAUUCGAAAGUCAGUUAGUAUCACGAACUGAUGCGUUUUAUUUGGAUUCUGAUACAUCCCAAACUUCCAUUGAAAUAGGGAUAGAAGUGUCGCAAAGCACCUUGGAGACUUCUCUUUCAGAUACCACAGACUGGGACGAUGAUUGGUCACACACAGUGGUUAGUAGCACUAAAUCUUCCGACAUAAGACGAGGCUCUGAGAACAGUGUAUUGAAAAAAGCGAAGAAAAGAGAGCGAGUUUCAUCUCUAGGGACAUCUUCUUUAACAUCGACUAAUAAUGCAAAAGAAUCGAUUUUGAUUCGAGGCACAUCGGAAUUAGUGAUGGCGGCAGCGGCUAUGACAGGUGCCCAAGUCACAGAGGAGCAAACAAGAAAUCAAAACAAGGAUAUGGACUCUGAGUACCACCCGCCGCCUGCAAAGAAAGAAUCGCUGGAAAUGGAGGAUGGUGACGACGAAUGCGAGUUCAUGGUGGCAGCGGAUCUCACCCUAUAUACAAACCCCAUCAACAGUAUUUUGGGUGCGGGAAAGAGUAGCACGAAGAAAAAGAACGAUCAUAAGAACGAAGAGAAAGAUAUGAUUGCAGCGGAUCUAACAAAGUACGACAGUCCCCUUGCUGCCAUGGAUAAGAGUCAUACAGAUAGACAGAGACAGAAUUACGAUCCUCAUGGAGGGGGGCACCAGCAAGGAGAAAAACAUGACAGUAAAAAUUAAACCAAUGGACUUCUUAUGUGGUCCUUCAUAUAAGCUAAACCAUUGAUCGAUUUAAUAGCAUCUACAAUAGCUAGAUAUUUAUAAAACUGACUAUUUGAGCACUAGUUAUUCCGUUGCAUGCUAUUGCUUCACAUUUUUGUCCACCUUUCACAGUAACCACGGUAAUGAACAUGUUAAGGAUAUAAACUCAUCUGUUUCAUGAUAAAUAUGCCACUAUCCAUUAGCUAAUUAACUUAUGUGGUACAAUCAAUUAGUAAAGUCAUAAUAGUGUAGAGGCAAGCGGUUUCUGAGAGAAUCAUAUCGUUGCGGUGACACAGGCAUCUGUAGCAGAGAUAUUUUGGGCCGUUCUCAUCUGACCUUAUAGCCUAUUAGCAAUGAACGUUUUUCCAUUUCACUGGUACUCACCUAGUUACGC